AUGACUCGCAACACCAAACCCAAGCGCAAAUCUCUUCCCUCCUCCCCUCCCAAGCCCUCAUCUCCAGUCUCGGAGUCCCUCCCCUCUUCUUCUCCUCCCAAAGCCCGAUCUGCGAACUCAACCCGCCGCUCCUACAAGAACUGCCCAGUCUGCAAAGCCAUGCUCGUCAAUCGCAACGGCAGUCUCGCGCGUCACGUUGAACGCCAUGCAAAGCUCGCCAAAAUCGAGGCUAUGAACAUCGAGAUCAAUCUUCCCCGAAUGGACGUUCCUGACUUUGACGUCGAGCUCGCUCAGAAAAUGUGGCAGUCGGUUCCUGCGAGACGUCGCGCAACCGGUGGAGUCUUUCUCGAUGGACCUCUUGCUGGACAAGGUUUCUUUGAGGGAAUGCCGAGCGCUUUUCUCCCGAAUGGACGGGUCAAGCCAAAGUGGGCGUGGAUCAAGAAGGAUCUUGAAGCGAGGGUUGGACGUGGUCCUUUGAGCGCUCUCAAGAACGCGAAUGCCAACGCUGGAUCUGUCCUUGAUAGUGAGGGUCGCAUGGGGAUGUAG